AUGGACGGCAAUGCCUCCGAAGAGCGCCACCGCACUGGGGGAAGGCCAGGCUUGGACCAACGGCCUACAGAUCCUAUCGAUGAUCCCACACCAAACAACCAAGCUCCCGCCACCCCUCAGAGCUUCACCCCGCGCUCACUUCUCGUCGGUCUUAUUAUUGGUGCCCUCAUCACCUUCUCAAAUACCUACUUUGGCUUGCAGACAGGAUGGAUCAGCACAAUGGCCAUGCCCUCAGCCUUGAUUGGCUUUUCGGUCUUCAAGGUUCUAUCCAAGCACCUGUCUUUUCCCUUCACACCGGUAGAGAACGUCUUGAUACAAACGGUUGCUGGCGCAGUGGGAACGAUGCCACUUGGAUGCGGAUUUGUUGGCGUCAUCCCUGCUCUGGAGUUUUUGUUGAAGCCUGGCGAAGAUGGACCUGAAGGCGACGGCGGAGAAGGUGAAGGAGGUCCUUUGAAACUCGGCUUCUGGAAGUUGGUUAUCUGGAGUCUGGGAGUCUGUCUCUUUGGUGUGGUAUUUGCGGUCCCACUGCGAAAAGAGGUCAUCGUUCGAGAGAAGCUGCGGUUUCCGAGUGGUACCGCCUCAGCGUUGAUGCUCAAGGUCUUGCAUGGCUCUGGAAGCAACGAAAAGGUUAUAGCACCAGAGAGUUCCCGUGCUGGAAUUCUGAGCACAGAGGCCGAAGCAGCUGGUCAAUCGCAAGAAGACACAGGCCUCUUGAAGGAUGGCGAUGCUGAAGAUCAAGCUUCCAAGGAGCAAGAUUGGCGUUCGAAGAUGCGCAUCUUAGUUGGAUCGUUUACAGUAUCAGGUACUCUUUUCUCCUACUUUGUCCCUCUAGUCCAUGCCAUCCCUCUGUUUGGCGCGGGCAUGGCGAAGAACUGGCUGUGGACCCUUAAUCCUUCGCCCGCAUAUAUCGGCCAAGGUAUAAUUAUGGGCCCAUCAACGUGCAUGCACAUGCUUUUCGGGGCAGUCUUGGGGUGGGGCGUCCUAUCACCGCUGGCUAAGACCCGCGGUUGGGCUCCCGGCCCGGUUAAUAACUGGGACGAUGGCAGCAAAGCAUGGAUUGUCUGGAUAUCGCUAGCUAUCAUGCUUGCCGAUUCACUUGUUAGUCUUGGGUGGCUGGUGCUCAAGCCCAUCGUGAAACACUCUCCAAGAUGGAUAGCUAGGCUCCGAUCCACUCGCGCUGGUCAGUGGCUUACACUUCGACUGCAAUCUUCUCAGCACUCAUAUAUCAACUACUCCGCUUUGGAGUCAGAAUCUCAUCUUUUGCCUCAUGACAACGAUGACGCCCACCACGCACUAACAUCUACAAGCGAAGAGGAAGAGGAAGAGGAAGAUGCGCCGCCAUCUCAACUCAUCUCAACUCGCACUGUAGUGAUUUUGCUUCCCCUAACUCUGCUCCUGAAUGUCGUGUGCAUGCACUUUGUCUUCGGUGAAAUCAUUUCCCCCUUUCUAUCGACAUUAGCGACUCUACUCGCAGUUCUCCUGUCCAUUAUGGGUGUCCGAGCUCUCGGCGAGACCGACCUCAACCCAGUUUCGGGUAUCAGCAAGCUGACACAACUUCUCUUUUCACUGGCCACGCCAGCAUCCCAUUUCUCCAGACGCACCGCACUAGUGACCAACCUGCUCGCCGGUGCGGUCUCCGAGUCAGGAGCUCUGCAAGCCGGUGAUAUGAUGCAGGAUUUGAAGACCGGCCAUCUACUCGGGGCAAGCCCCAAGGCCCAGUUUUAUGGCCAGAUAAUCGGCAGUCUUGUGGGUGCAGUUCUCUCAACCGCCGUAUACAAAUUAUACGUGAACGUCUAUGAAGUCCCGGGCGAAAUGUUCCAGACACCUACCGCAUAUGUCUGGAUUUUCACUGCUCGCCUUGUGACUGGUCAAGGGCUGCCCAACAUGGCUGGACAAGUCUCUCUCAUUGCUGGUAUCGUGUGGGCAUUCCUUACCGCGCUAAGGAUCGCAGCUGCAUCCCCUGCCUUUGCACGCAAUGGGAAACCCCCUGCUUGGAGAGCUUGGAUCCCCGGCGGUAUUGCUGUUGCCGUUGGCAUAUUUAACGAGCCGUCAUUUACCCUGGCGAGAGCUAUCGGUGGCAUUAUUGCAUGGUGGUGGGCGCGCAAGCACUCCGAAUCGAAGACAGAUCAGCAAGUGGCCAAUGGAAAUGCCACUAGCAUGGGAUCUUCUAUAGAGACUGAGCUGCAGGAUGGGCAAAGGUCAUCGGAAACAGCCGAUCAGGCAUCUGAAAAAGCAGAUGCCGCCUCCUCGACUGUUGUUGUCCUUGCCUCCGGCCUCAUUUUGGGUGAAGGUAUCAUGAGCAUUGUGAACCUUCUUCUUGCAAGCGGACGUGUUCCACAUCUCUGA